AGACUUUUAUUUUGUGAAGUAGCCAUUGCGCUUCCAGCGUCCAGAAAAGUAUCCAUGUUAUGGCAUUUCCCCCGCACGUCCUGGAAAACUCCUCUGCCAUGGUCUUGUAGGUUUAUUCUCAGGAUCAAGAGAAAGAAGUUAAAAUGACUAAUCCACUGAGAGGAGAGGUGGUCAGAUUGUACAAAAAUCUUUUGUAUCUUGGACGGGAAUAUCCAAAAGGCACCACAUACUUCAGGGAGCGUCUGAAAGCUGCUUUCAUGAAGAACAAAGACGUCACCGAUCCUGAGAAAAUCCAAAAGCUGAUUGACCGUGGAGAAUUUGUGAUCAAAGAACUCGAGGCACUUUACUUCCUCAGGAAAUACAGAGCUAUGAAGAAACGCUAUUACGAACCAGAGCAUUAAUCAAUGAUCCUUUCUGUCACAAGUGCCAGACUAUAUGUGUCUCAAAAGUUUUUGAAAAUCUGUAUCUGAUGUGUUGCACUAUAACAGAUCUGGACAUAAAUGUUUCUUUUUUGUACUAUUACUACAUCUUUGUUACAUUUAGCUGUUAAUUUAAUAAUGUUUCUUAAUAGGUGUGACGUGUGUAUGUAUAUUUAAAGACCCUUCAGUUUAAUGGUGUUUUAAGGAAGUUUGAGUAGAUAACUCUACAUCACAGAAAGCGAGGUUGGUUUUUCCAAAAGAUUUCUCCAGCUCCCGCACCAGGUCAAGCUUACCCGAACUGCCGGAAACCUUUUAGUGCAAAUAAUUCAAAAUGGAAAAAGUUAUGGGAAUAAUGUGAGUAUAUAUGUCAAUUUAUGCAGACACAUACAAUAAAAUGGAUACUCACUUUUUCUUUAAA